GAUGGGCCUUGUAUUCUUGCAUGCUCUCCCCUCGCCGGACGGACCAGCCGCGUCACCGCCGGACCCACGUAUUUCUCACCUCUUGGACAAGUAUAGAGACGUCUUCGAGGCUCCCACCGGAACGGUUCCGGAUCGGCCCAUACGUCACGGGAUCACUCUCGAGGCUGGUGCUGUCCCUCCGCGUGGAUGUAUUUACCGCAUGAGCGAAAAGGAACUCGAGGUGCUUCGCACACAACUCGACGACCUUCUCGACAAGGGCUGGAUUCGCCUUACGGUGCCCCUGUUCUCUUCGUCCGGAAGAAGAACAAAGAUCUACGGUUAUGCAUCGAUUACCGAAAACUUAACGCACAAACCGUAAAGAACGCCGGCCGUCACCCUCGGAUUGAUGAUCUCCUUGAGCGGUUAGGCGGCGCGACGUACUUCUCGAAGUUGGACUUGAAGUCGGGCUACCACCAGAUUGAAAUCCAGCCUCAAGAUCGGUACAAGACCACGUUCAAGACGUGGUACGGGCAUUUUGAGUGGGUGGUCAUGCCAUUUGGCCUCGUCAAUGCCCCCGCGACCUUCCAAGCAACUAUGACGACUGAGUUUCGCGACUUGCGCAAUCGCAGCGUCCUCAUCUACCUCGAUGACAUCCUGGUUUAUAGUAGGACAUUGGACGAGCACAUCGCACACCUUCGCGCUGUUUUGGAUCGUUUGCGAUUGUCCAAGUACAAAGCGAACCUCGACAAGUGCGAGUUCGCCAAGCAGGAGCUUGAGUACUUGGGUCACUUUGUCACGCCGAAAGGCAUUCGUCCCUUAGCGGACAAGAUCCAAGCCAUCGUGGAUUGGUCGGAACCCCGUUGCACGACGGAUGUACGCUCUUUCAUGGGUUUGGCUGGAUAUUAUCAGCGAUUCGUCGAGUCAUACUCGAAAGUGGCCGCUCCUUUGUCGAGACUUCAGUCCCCGAAGGUGCCCUUCGAGUUCGCCGACGCAGCCCGUAGCGCGUUCACUACGUUGAAGGCAGCGAUGCAAGCCGCACCUACCCUCCGCAUAUAUGACCCCACCCUUCCCACCCAAGUGACUACGGACGCUUCGGGAUACGGGAUUGGUGCGGUGUUGGAACAGUGUCACGAGGACGGUUGGCAUCCGAUCGAGUACUUCUCCCAAAAGGUGCCUCUCGUCAACACUCUCGACGACGCUAGGAAGAAAGAGCGUUCGUCACCGUGGCAUGACCCGCAAGGGGCUCAGAAGGCCACCGAUGCUAUCAACAACCUUUGUGCCCGUAGGUUCAAGGAUGUUAGAGAGCUCACGGAUAUCGUGGAGCGACUACUCGUGGUACCUGGUGUGCGCUUUGACCAGCAGGUUCUCCUGACGAAUUACCUAAGGUGCCUACCUGCAGAGGUAAGGACCAAGCUGGUUGAUGAGGCCUAUGUCGAACAGCACACCUUCGCUUCUUGUAGUAAGAAAGCUCUGGACAUAGAGGCAAAGCUGGGAUCUGCUCAUAAGGCAUCUCAUGAUGGUAGAAAGAGACUACCCCAAGACUGGAAGAAGAAGGGUCAGUUAAUGUUCGUUGACCACGAUAGUCAAACGACUGAGAUUGACGAUUUCCCUGACCUUGGGGAGUUGACAGAGCACGAUGGGGCCAGUGAGACUUCGGAUGGGGGAGUCGUGGCACCCAUUAAAGAAAAGGCUAGGGGGACCGGGAAGAAGAAGGUAGUACGGACCACGGGUCAGGGAGACCAAGGGACACCCGCAUGGGUGAAGAUUGGUUUGGAUUGCGAGGUGUGGAGGGACCGAGUUGCCAGGGGCACAUGCAUGAAAUGUGGCAACUAUGGCCACACGUCCAGGACUUGCCGCAGCAGCAAGGUCUCCACGAAGGUAGCCUCACCAACGGUGGUGGGCUUAUCUUCGAAUCCUGGGAGUGCUUCUGCGAGCAGCUCACAGGGAAACACCUCGGGCCAGUAGGAGUGUUAGUCGCUCUUACUCGUGCUGAAGUGGUAACGUUGCCUUCCCCACUUCACGCGUUGCCCAAGGCUAGU